GCGGUGGUGGCGGCGGUGGGGUGGCGGGAGCGGAGCGCAUGGCCACGGCGGCUUCUAACCCGUACCUCCCCGGGAACAGCCUCCUGUCGGCCGGCUCCAUCGUGCACUCGGACGCCUCCGGCGGCGGCGCGGCGGGGGCGGCGGCGGCGGCGGGCGGCGGCGGAGGCAUGCAGCCCGGGAGCGCUGCCGUGACCUCGGGUGGCUACCGGGGGGACCCGUCCUCAGUCAAGAUGGUCCAGAGCGACUUCAUGCAAGGGGCCAUGGCCGCCAGCAACGGCGGCCAUAUGCUUAGCCACGCUCACCAGUGGGUCACGGCCCUGCCCCACGCCGCCGCCGCCGCCGCCGCUGCCGCCGCCGCCGCCGUGGAAGCGGGCUCGCCCUGGUCCAGCAGCGCCGUGGGUAUGGCCGGCAGCCCCCAGCAGCCGCCACCACCUCCGCCACCGCCACCCCCGCAGGGCCCCGACGUGAAAGGCGGCGCCGGGAGAGACGACCUGCACUCGGGAACUGCGCUGCACCACCGGGGGCCGCCCCACCUCGGCCCCCCACCGCCGCCGCCCCCCCACCAGGGCCACCCGGGCGGCUGGGGCGCCGCCGCCGCUGCCGCUGCUGCCGCCGCCGCCGCCGCUGCAGCCGCGCACCUCCCGUCCAUGGCCGGGGGCCAGCAGCCGCCACCGCAGUCUCUGCUCUACUCGCAGCCCGGGGGCUUCACGGUGAACGGGAUGCUAAGCGCCCCCCCGGGUCCCGGAGGCGGCGGUGGGGGGGGCGGCGGCGGCCAAAGCUUGGUGCACCCUGGGCUGGUGCGCGGGGACACGCCGGAGCUGAGCGAACACCACCAUCACCACCACCACCACCCGCACCCGCCUCACCCGUCGCACCCACAUCACCCGCAAGGACCCCCUCACCACGGUGGGGGCGGAGGCGGCGGUGGAGGCCCGGGACUGAACAGCCACGACCCUCACUCAGACGAGGACACGCCGACCUCGGACGACCUGGAGCAGUUCGCCAAGCAGUUCAAGCAGCGGCGGAUAAAAUUGGGAUUCACGCAGGCAGACGUGGGGCUGGCCUUGGGCACCCUGUACGGGAACGUGUUCUCGCAGACCACCAUCUGCCGCUUCGAGGCCCUUCAGCUGAGCUUCAAAAAUAUGUGUAAGCUGAAGCCGCUGCUGAACAAGUGGCUGGAGGAGGCCGACUCGUCCACAGGCAGCCCCACCAGCAUCGACAAGAUCGCCGCCCAGGGCAGAAAGAGGAAGAAGCGUACCUCCAUCGAGGUGAGCGUCAAAGGGGCCCUGGAGAGCCAUUUCCUCAAGUGCCCCAAGCCUUCAGCGCAGGAGAUCACCAACCUGGCCGACAGCCUGCAACUGGAGAAGGAGGUGGUGAGAGUCUGGUUCUGCAACCGGCGGCAGAAAGAAAAGCGGAUGACACCCCCGGGGAUCCAGCAGCAGACGCCCGACGAUGUCUACUCGCAGGUCGGCAACGUGAACGCGGACACACCACCCCCACACCACGGACUGCAGACGAGCGUGCAGUGAAGAUGGAGAGAAUGAGAGAGGAAGAGAAAGAGAGGGAGGCACCGGACACCGCAGCCGCCGCCGUCGCCUCCGCAGCUGCCGCCAGCCACCGCCAGCCGCCACCACCACCUCCAGCUACCGCUGCCGCCGCCGCCGCCGCCACAACAAAAUCAGCAGCAACAACAGCGAGAGAGGAGAAAACAUCCAUCCUCCUCUCGGCCCCCACCUCCUCCGCCCCCCCAUACCUACAUACGUGCACACACUUUUAUAAAAAGGAAAGAAAAAAAGACAAGAGGACGGAGGAGAAAAACACCAAAAUCAAAGAAAACGGGGGCAAAGAAAACAAGAAGCUUAAUAAAUACCCAGACUGUUUAGACUGGUUAUAUAUAUAUAUAUAUAUAUAUACUACAUAUAUAAAUAAUGAAAAAACGUUUGGAGAAAAAAGGUGAAGCGAUCAAAGCGAUCGCAUUUAUGUACUGUGGUGGUUUUUCUUUUUUUAAUGGGGGGGAGGUGGAAAUGCGUACUGCACCAGAACUACAGAUUUCCCCCUAAAUGAUCCCCUGUUGAAGCGGUGGACAAGACAGCACCCACCUCGACACUUCUCACCUUCUCUCCUCUAAAAAAAAAUGCCCCCCUCCCUACUUUACCCUCCCUCCAAAGGGCUGUCUAAUAUGACUCACGGAAACUUUUUCUUUCUUUCAUGGGAACAGUCCAGAAAGGAAGAAGUAAAGGCAUUUGGUUUGAUCAGAGGGUGCCUACCUGCAUUCCAGGACCCCGGGCUUUUUUUUUUCUUUUUUUCUUUUUUCUUUUUUUUUUCUUUUCUUUUUUUUUUUUGCCAUAUUCACAUAAUUCUGGGGCAAGCAGACAUCUACUCUGAAAUGAAAAAUACCAAUUCACUUCAGAAAAAGGAAAUAUGCACACAGCACUAAAAUAACCAGACUGAAUAACUGAAGUUAAAAAGAAGGAAAGAAAAUAUUCUUAAAGUUGACCCCAAAAGAAAAGAAUGGGUGGGGGAGGGGGAAAGGGACAAACACCGAAGGGGGGGUGGAGAGAGGAGAGACUCCCAGUUCGUGAAAGUUCGAGGUUCUAGGAGGACUUUGCAUGAAUCAAGGGCAACAGCAAAAGAGAAAUGGGAAAUAAGUCAAGCCUGUCAGAGUCAUGGUUUUGACGGCUGCCACUCAACGUGGAAGAUUAAAAAAAAAUCCACCGCUAAUAUUUUUUUUAUUAAUAUUUUUAUUUUUUAUUUCUGGACUGAUUCAGAUAAAGGGAUUUAGAAAGACUGAAUAUCUGCAGCUGCACUUAUCUGAACUUCUCCUCUCCUAAAUCCGUUGCCAACUUUGAUUGAAUGGGUGCUGUGGAUGUGAUUAUAUAAUACUGCCAUUUCCAAGCAGUGUUUUUGGUAGGUUUUAAUAAACAGACUUUUCAAAAGACGGCAAUAUAGAAUUGUUAGAUCCGUUGUUGAUCUAAAAAUAUUUGCUUUAUAUUUUCAUUAAAUGACUUCUUUUAAUAUUUUAUUCAGAAUACCUAUGAACUGCUGCAAAACGGUAAUUUAUUUUUCCCCAGAUCUUGUAUUACGUGUUUUUUUCAGACGAGCACAAAUCAAAAAUGAAAUGAAAAUAUGGACAGUUGUUAGGUAAUAAGGGUAUCUUUUGAUGUGAUAAUUUGAUUGUAAUUUAAUUUGAGUAGUGAUUCCGUAAGAGCUGAUUGAGAAAAUAAAUUUGUUAGAAUGAAA